AUGGCUAGGACCCUACAAACAGCCCGUAAGAGUACAGGCGGUCGCCCACCCGCCCGCGGCGCUCCUGUGGAUACCAAUGUGGUUGAUAUACCGGAUAUGGACGAGGCUACGGCUCAGAAGUUGCAGGAGAUCAAGGAGGGUUCCAUGCAAGCUCUCGUCAAGCACAUCGACCGCAAGCAUACCGAGAAGGGACAGGUCUACUUCACGGAGACUACCGAGGACGAAGACAUUCCCGAGCAGGUCAACUGGUGGAGCAAGUUCGCCAUGUGUCUGGUGCGAUACUUGGACAACAGCAACAAAUACGUACAGAAGAUUGCUCUGCAAAUCAACUCGAAGCAUCUCAAGGACAUCUUGCGUGAUACCAUUGGCACUUUCCCUGGAGUCUCAUUCCAGACCAAAGACAUCACCAUCGAUGCCCCGUACCGAGUCCUCUUUCACUACAAGAGCGAGUUGGAGGAAGCUGGCAAGAAGCUGGACCAAGACAGCGAAGCUAAGGCGCAUCUUGAUCUCCUGCUCGACUUCAUCUACCAAGAAUUCAAAGACACCAUCGAGGAGACAGAGAACCUUCUCGAGCAGGGCUUGAUCAGCUACCAACACUUGUGGACCAUCUUCCGCCCAAAGACGAUCAUUUACGCUCCUGUCUUUGGCCAAGCACGCUGCUUCGAACUCACCAGCUACGCCUACACCGAGGAUGGGCUGCAGAUCAACUCUGAAUAUGUCGACUUUGAUGGCGACGACUUUGGCAAGCGGAAUGCCGGCCGACUCGUGCCGGGCUUCGCUGGUGCGGAGAGGAUCGAGCACCUCUCCGCGUACCCCAUCAGCUACCACGCCAACGAAAAGGCGCUGAGGGAAGAGCUCAUCGCGCGAGGGAAGAGAUGGGAGGCGUACGCUGGCAUGUACUUUCAACGCUAUCAAGGUGUUGCGCUGGAGCACACUCCCUGCGGCAUGUCACGUUUCAACGUCGAUGGCCGAGUCGUGGUCGACACUAAGACCUUCCACCGGCUCAAUGCCAACCUCGCCUACAGCGUCAACCCUUUCAAAGAUGCUUCCGAAAAGCGAGCCAAGCGCCGCCGUAUUCAAUCCUUCGAUGAUGAGGAAGACGAAGAGAACGGAGGCGAAACCCUCGACCUGGUCCCGGACACCCGUCUCGACCUCGAUCCGCUAUCAGACGCCCGCCUCCUCCUAUCCAACGCCACAGUCCGCGGCUUCUCCUUCACCGAGAAACGCUGGUUCGAAUUCUUCGUCGACAAACUCCUCCCCGCCGGCUGGAACCCCAACUGCUUCGACCAAGUCGUGCUCCCCCAAACCCAAAAAGACCUCGUGCAAGCCCUCGUGGCCAACCACAUCCAGCAGCGCAACCACAGCUUCGACGACAUCGUCAAGGGCAAAGGCAAAGGCCUCAUCCUCGUCCUGCACGGCCCUCCCGGCGUAGGCAAAACCCUCACCGCCGAGACGGUCGCGGAGUUCUGCAAACGGCCCUUGUAUAUGGUCUCCUCCGGCGACCUGGGCACAGAGAGCUCAACACUCGACGAGCGGUUGACAAGGAUCUUGGACAUGGCAUCCACCUGGCGCGCCGUCCUCCUCAUCGACGAAGCAGACGUCUUCCUCGAACGCCGCUCCCUGCACGACAUGGAACGCAACUCGCUCGUCUCCAUCUCCCUCCGCGUGCUAGAAUACUACUCGGGGAUCCUCUUCCUCACCUCCAACCGCGUGUCCUGCUUCGACGACGCGAUGAAAUCCCGCAUCCACGUACCCCUCAAGUAUAGCGACCUCACGCCGGAGUCGCGCAAGACGAUCUGGAGGAAUUUCUUGCAGAGGGAGCGCGUGCAGGUGGAUGAGGAGGGGUAUGAGCGGCUGGCGCAGGCGGGGAUUAAUGGGCGGCAGAUUAAGAAUGUUAUUCGUACGGCGGGGAGUUUGGCGCAGUGGAGGGGGGUGAGUGUGGAUUGUGGGUUGUUGGAGCAGGUUAUAAGGAUUCAGGUCGAGUUUGAGGAGGAGUUGGAAGGCAAGGCUGGAAUGGUGAAUGGAUUGGAUGGGAAGGGUGAGGGGAAGGGGGUGAAUGGGGUUGUUGUUAAUGGGCAUUGA